CUAAGCCAGUUCAGGAUUGCUCUCAAGUGGUCUUACCUAUUGAGUCCGACCUUAAAACUCUUCCAUCGAGCUGACGAUACAGCGUAGCCCUUCGCUCUCAUGCGUCGAACAGGGGAAGAAAAUUCAGAUGCAUCCUCAAUAGUACUAAAACGGAUGCCAUGGCGGCAGGGGCUACUCGCAGGCGACGACUGGUCAGGCUUAUCCAGCGCUGCAGGGCGAAGAAAACUUCAGAAUCUGCUGAACCAAAGAGUAAGCCGGUGGUUCUCCUCCAAGAAAAAGAACGGAGAAAAAAUAAAAAGUAACCGCGAACUGAAUCCCAACCCUUCUGCAAACCCAGAGGACUUACGGCCUUCUUUCCACUCCGCAGUUGGGUCAUCAAAGAUCAAUCACAUGGCUUUAGCCCGCACAGCAUCAAUAUGGAAACCUAGCACCACACCAGAAACCAUCGUCUCCAAAUUCGGACGUGGAUAACCGCCAAUUGCUGCAAAAUCUCUCCGCCAGUGGAUCAUUUCUUGACACUGGUCAAGUUCAACGUGUUCCGUGUCAUGCUCAGAAACUCCCUGAUUCUCUGACUCCCAGCCGACAAUACGCUUUCAUACUUUCCUCGCUCCCAAGGGACCACGACUACCGCCUCAUCCUUUCCGCCCAGCCUCC